GAAGUCCCGCCCUGUCUGGCGGCGCCGGAAGUGACGCAGUCCCUUAGCGGAGCCGGGAGUGUGUGGCUGCUGGAGAAGCUGGAGACCUGCGCGAGCCCAGUGUCCGGCCGGCAGGGGCCUUCGGCUUCCCCGACACCGGAGGACAUUGGCGGCAGCCCCCGGCCUAGCUCCCGAGCACAGCCAUGUCUGGUAAUGGCAACGCGGCCGCAACGGCGGAAGAAGACACCCCAAAGAUGAGAGUGAUUCGAGUGGGUACCCGCAAGAGCCAGCUGGCUCGCAUACAGACGGACAGUGUGGUGGCAACGCUGAAAGCUUUAUACCCAGGCCUGCAGUUUGAAAUAAUUGGUAUGUCCACCACGGGGGACAAGAUUCUUGAUACCGCGCUCUCUAAGAUUGGAGAGAAGAGCCUGUUUACCAAGGAGCUGGAGCAUGCCUUGGAGAGGAAUGAAGUGGACCUGGUUGUUCACUCGCUGAAGGACCUGCCCACGGUGCUUCCUCCUGGCUUCACCAUUGGAGCUGUCUGCAAGCGGGAGAGCCCCUAUGAUGCUGUUGUCUUUCACCCAAAAUUUGUUGGGAAGACUCUAGAAACCUUGCCAGAGAAGAGUGUGGUAGGAACUAGCUCCCUGCGGAGAGCAGCCCAGCUGCAGAGAAAGUUCCCACAUCUGGAGUUCAAGAGUAUUAGGGGAAACCUCAACACACGGCUGCGGAAGCUGGAUGAGCUGCAGGAGUUCAGUGCCAUCAUCCUGGCCGCAGCUGGCCUACAGCGCAUGGGCUGGCAGAACCGGGUGGGGCAGAUCCUGCACCCUGAGGAGUGCAUGUAUGCUGUGGGUCAGGGGGCUCUGGGUGUGGAAGUUCGAGCCAAAGACCAGGACAUCUUGGAUUUGGUGGGUGUGUUGCACGAUCCUGAGACUCUACUUCGCUGCAUUGCUGAACGAUCCUUCCUGAGGCACCUGGAAGGAGGUUGCAGUGUGCCAGUGGCAGUGCAUACAGCUAUUAAGGAUGGGCAACUGUACCUGACUGGAGGAGUCUGGAGUCUGAAUGGCGCAGAGACCAUGCAAGACACCAUGCAAACCACCAUCCAUGUCCCUGUCCAGCAUGAAGAUGGCCCUGAAGAUGAUCCACAGCUGGUGGGCAUCACUGCCCGGAACAUUCCACGACAACCCCAGCUGGCUGCUGAGAACCUGGGCAUCAGCCUGGCCACCUUGUUGCUGAACAAAGGAGCCAAAAACAUCUUGGAUGUUGCACGGCAGCUCAAUGAAGCCCACUAAUUGGUCUGUGGAGCACAGGUGCCUGCCUUGCUGGUGCCCAGUAGUGCCUACAUCCCAGCCCUCUGCUACCUGAGGAGUGACUACCCCCACAGGAUUGAACUGCAGGGGCAGAGUCUUCCAGAGACUUGUCUCACCGAGGGGCCUUGCCUCCCCAGUAGGUGGGGGCUUCCUCUCUAGAGAAAAAAAAAAUCUUAGUAAUAAGCCACAGCCUUUGAAUGUAACCAGUUCUACUAAUAAACCAAAUUUAAAGGUG